GGAAGCACCUGGGCAGCAAGACACUCUCCUGCACACACCAGCUCUUUAAUGGGGUUGAUGCUGGUGCAUUGGCCAUCCGAGAUGUAUUUUGUGGAGCGCAGUUCUCUGCAGCCCAUCGGACCCGUAUCUGGAAUUAGACAGCUACACCACCUGACAGUGUAACCUAAGCAGAGCUGCUUUCACCAAGCACACACACCUUGGCAACAAUGAGCCCCCUUCUCUAUGACAGUGUGUGAUGAAUGGAGAGCUGAGAGGCCUUUUUUCUCCCUGCUUCAGGUAGCAGGGAUUCAAGACGGACACGGUGCCGACUGGAGACAUUGUGAGCAACUGAGAUGCAGCACCAUUCACACAACCUGACAGGAUUCAGUCAGCAGGUUCCAAAUUUAAAGGUCUGCUCUCAGCCUUAAUAGUCAAGUUACUCGGUUUGUUACUAGUUGCAUGGUGUGUGUCUUGGCAACCGUUUGUCCGUGUGAGACAUGGAGCCAUGCAGCAAGGUAGCGUUCUUCUUUUAAUAACUUUUAUAGUCAGUGUUUUUGAUUUCAUUUCAGCUGACAUGUCAGAUUCAUAUUUUACAGGAAAACAGUGACCCUUUGAACAGCUUAAAAAGUGUCCAUGUCAGUGAGCUUUAUCUUGCAAGAAGGUAACACAUCUGUCAGAUUUAUAUGUUUUUGAAAACCUUGAGUGUAUACACUCUUAAAAAAACAUUUACAGCUAAGUAUACCGAAAGCAUAAAGAUUAUAUGCAGAUUAAAUGAUAACUGCCCAAACAACCCUGGACAAAACCUUAUUUCUAAGGUCACGACUUUGUUAAACAUCGAACACCAAUGGAGUAUCAGCAUAAACUUUGAAAUAUUGUAUUAUUCAUCUUACAGGCAGCUCACAGAUGUUCCGGAUUUGUCCAGAUUCACCCAACUGAGAUACAUCUGGCUUAAUAAUAACAGGAUAAAGUGCAUUCGUGGGCCUGAGUUUCACUGCUGUUUAGCAGAGCUGUACCUCCAGAACAAUGAGAUUACCUCAAUUUCAGGAGCUCUGAGGCAUCUGAGCUGCCUGAAAGUGCUGCUACUUCAUAAUAACCACCUGAUAAUCCUGGAGGAAACAGUGGGUGAGCUGAGACACAUGCAGCACCUCCAAACACUCAAUUUGUUCCUGAAUCCCUUUUCACAAGAUCCCCUUUAUCGGGAAUACGUAGUCCAUCACUUACCAUCUGUUCAAUUAUUAGACAGGAAAGAGGUGAGACAGGAGGAGAGGAGACAUGCCUUUAAACUCUUGAGUCCUGAGAGACAGACAGUUCUUGACACAAUCGCCUUCGGCAGACGAGCACUGACAGAAAGGAAAAUGAUUGCAUGCGCAAAGAGAGGUCAGUGGAGCUCCAACACAAAACGCACAAAAUGCCCAUUUGAUGAGAUUGAAGACCUCUGUGAGCGCAGGGCCAUGCAGAGAUCCAUCAUGCAGUUCUCUACUCUGGACUGGAGCAGCAUAAGAGCUCAGCAGCACCCCCUGGAGGAGCACAGUUCAACUGCAGCCAAAAUCCUUACUGUCAAAUUCAGAUAACACACACUGACUGCAAAUUGUGAUUUCUACACAACUGUCAUUAAAACAUAGCAAGCAUGAGUAUGCAACUGCUAUCUAUUGUCCCUGAAUCUUCAUUAUGGGAACAUGUCACACUAAUUUUAACAUUCAAAUUUGGACUUUUCAUGUCUUGUGAGGUUUCUGAAAAAGCAAGACGUGCAAAUGCAGCACGAGGACUUACAGUAAAUCAGCUCGACCCGUAAAAUAAUUAUACUUUUAGUGACAUGUUCUUAAAUCUACUGUAGCGGUGUAAUGUCUUUCAUCCAAGACAAAACUACAGACUUGCCAACAUGGUUUAAGGCAAAGGCUUCAACAUCUUUAUCCUCUAUAUGCAAUAUUACCUACUGUAGCAACAUAAGGUUUAACUUAAGACUGACUGUCAUAAAUAUAUACUCUCCUUACUAAAUCUAAUAUUGAUGCACAUGACCACA